CGUGCGCGGCGCCGGGGAGGAUGAGCUCCCCGCGGGGACGGAGCGCCGACCUGGCCCGCUUCUACACGGUCACCGAGCCCCGGCGCCACCCCCGGGGACACACGGUGUACAAGGUCACCGCCCGGGUGGUUUCACGAAGAAAUCCAGAAGAUGUCCAGGAGAUAAUUGUAUGGAAGAGGUAUAGUGAUUUUAAGAAGCUGCACAGAGAACUAUGGCAGAUUCACAGACACUCAUUCCGACAUUCAGAAUUGUUUCCUCCAUUUGCUAAAGGAAUAGUUUUUGGCCGCUUUGACAAAACUGUCAUCGAAGAGAGAAGACAGUGUGCCGAAGACCUGCUACAAUUCUCUGCCAAUGUCCCUGCUCUGUACAACAGUAAACAGCUGGAAGACUUUUUCAAGGGUGGAAUCAUUAACGAUGGCUCGGAAUUAAUUGGUCCUGCUGAUGCUUACCCCGAGCCCCUCACUGACACCUGUCCUGAGGGCAGUACAGAAGGCUUCUCCAGUGACAGUGAUCUCCUGUCCCUCACUGUUGAUGCGGAUUCUCUUGCCGAGUUAGAUGAUGGAAUGGCUUCCAAUCAAAACUCUCCCCUUAGAACCUUUGGUCUCGGUCUUUCUUCGGAUUCUUCGGCACUAGGGGCUGUUGCUUCUGACAGUGAACCAAACAGAGCAGAAGAACGGGAAAGUCGUAGCCUCUUUCCCGGCAGUUUGAAACCUAGGCUUGGCAAGAGAGACUACCUGGAGAAAGCAGGAGAAUUAAUCAAGUUGGCAUUAAAGAAGGAAGAGGAGGACGACUAUGAUGCUGCUGCUGAGUUUUACAGGAAGGGCGUUGAUCUGCUCCUAGAAGGUGUUCAAGGAGAGUCAAGCCCCACUCGCCGAGAGGCUGUGAAGAGAAGGACAGCAGAGUAUCUCAUGCGCGCAGAAAGCGUCUCCAGCCUCCGUUGCAAGCCUCAGCUGGAGGACGCAUCUCAGCCUCCAGGAUCACUAAGUUCAAGGCCCUCUUGGAACCUAAGGAGCCCUGCCGAGGAGCUGAAGGCCUUCAGAGUCCUUGGGGUGAUUGACAAGGUUUUACUUGUAAUGGACACAAGGACAGAACAGACAUUCAUUUUAAAAGGUCUAAGGAGAAGCAGUGAGUUCAGCAGGAGCCGGAAGACCAUCAUCCCCCGCUGCGUGCCCAACAUGGUGUGUCUGCACAAGUACAUCAUCUCCGAGGAGUCGGUGUUCCUCGUGCUGCAGCUGGCCGAAGGUGGCAAACUCUGGUCCUAUAUCAGUAAAUUCCUAAACAGAUGUUCUGAAGAAAGCUUUGACAUCAAGGAAAUGAAGAAGUCCGCACCUGGUAACGUUGCUCCCCCACAGCCAUCUUGUGGGCCUCAGGACGGCAGUGGUUCUGAAUCCAGAGGGAGCGAUGGAGGGAGCGUGCCCAGAGUUCUACCUUUGAAGACUAGCCUCACUUCAAGUUCUCAAGAGGACAGCAACCAGGAGGAUGAAGGCCAAGACAGCUCUCCAAGAUGGCCUGACUCUGGCUCCAGCUCUGAAGAGGAGUGCACCACUAGCUAUUUAACACUAUGCAAUGAAUAUGGGCGGGAAAAGAUCGACCCAGGGUCCUUGAAUGAAGAGCCAUUCAUGAAGCCUGAAGGGAGUGAUGUUGGUCCUGGAGUUGUUGAGCAUUUCCCAAUAGCCCUUGCUGCUGACAGUGACAGCCUUAGCACACAAGUGAAAUUCUUUCCCGGAGAUGACCCAGAAGCAGUUCGUUGUCUAGGAACCUCUGAUUCCCUUACUCGGUCGAAAAACAGUCCCAUGGAAUUCUUUAGGAUAGACAGUAAGGACAGCGCCAGUGAACUUCUGGGGCUUGAUUUGGGAGAAAAGCUGUGCAGUCUAAAGUCAGAGCCUUUGAAGCCAUUCUUUCUGCUUGAAGAUGGAGACAGCCCUUGCAGGAGUUUUGAUACCAGUGAAAGCAAGGGAGAAUCUGAAGCUCAGGACACCAUUAGCAGGGGCUCAGAUGACUCAGUCCCAGUUAUUUCAUUUAAAGAUGCUGCGUUUGAGGAUGUGGGUGGUGCUGAAGAAGGCAGGCCUGAUCUUCUGGUAAAUCUACCUGGUGAAUUGGAGGCAACAGAAGAAGCUUCAGCAGUGGGACCCACCACCUUUUCACAGACCAUUGCAGGCAGAAUAGAAAGUAAACUGUUGGAAGCCCCCGACGUGCUAUGCCUCAGGCUGAGCCCUGAACCAUGCCAGGCCCCAGAGGAGCCGAGUGACUCUCUGGCGCCCCAGUGCUGUGGCAUCCAGAGGCGCCAUGAGCAGGAGGAUCUUGGAGUGUUAUUCCAGGCAGCUGCUGAUCAUAGUGGCUCAGGAGGCACAUCUUUGCUCUGCAGCUCUGGUCCUGAGUUUCAAGGACUUGGAGCAAUGGGGACGGCAGUAACAGCAGAUGAUGCAGGGGAGAGCUUAUUCCGUAUUUCUAGUCGGCUCUCAGGGGCUGAUGAACACGGCACAAGCAUGGACACUCCCCACGUGGAGGAAGUGCUUCUGCCCACAGGUCACAUGGAUGAUCUGGCUAGAGGCACUCCGGCUUCUUUAUUCCAGAGAGACUCUGAGACGAAGGAACAAAGUGGGUUAGCAGUAGCAGGAGACAAGGAAAUCCAUCAGAUUUUUGAGGACCUUGAUAAAAAAUUAGCACUAAGCUCCAGGUUUUACAUCCCAGAGGGCUGCAUUCAAAGAUGGGCAGCUGAGAUGGUAGUAGCCCUUGAUGCUUUGCAUAGAGAGGGGAUUGUGUGCCGCGAUUUGAACCCAAACAACAUCUUAUUGAAUGAUAGAGGACACAUUCAGCUAACGUAUUUUAGCAGGUGGAGUGAGGUUGAAGAUUCCUGUGACAGUGACGCCAUGGCAAGAAUGUACUGUGCCCCAGAGGUUGGAGCAAUCACAGAAGAAACUGAAGCCUGUGAUUGGUGGAGUUUGGGCGCUGUCCUCUUUGAACUUCUCACUGGCAAGACUUUGGUUGAGUGCCAUCCAGCAGGAAUAAAUACACACACUACUUUGAACAUGCCAGAAUGUGUUUCUGAAGAGGCUCGCUCACUCAUUCAACAGCUCUUGCAGUUCAACCCCCUGGAACGCCUGGGUGCUGGAGUGGCCGGAGUUGAAGAUAUCAAAUCUCAUCCAUUUUUCACCCCAGUGGAUUGGGCAGAAUUGACAAGGUGAAGACCACGUGGCGUGGUAACAGCUCACAUACGCAGAUCUCCUGUAACCAGCAUUUCUGGCAGAAGGGUCGUGGCCUCCUUUACAGUGUGCCGCAGCCAGAGAACAAGGACUUUGGAGGGAAUGAGGAGGCUAAAAGAUCUGUCCACAGUUACUGUCUGGACAAGACAUUAGCUCGUGUUGCUAGCAGCUGUUAUAUCUAUACCUUUACCAAGGUGUGACUGAAUUUACAUCUAGGGACACAGGUAUAUUGCAAACCCACCUGAAAUAGGACUGCCCUUCAAGAUGGCCCUCUGCUAGGAAGUGUCGAAGGAAGUUCCACUUGGGAGGAAGACUUUUCCAAGGCAGCUAACCAUGUUUCUGCUAACCCAGGCUGGUUGAUAUGAUCACUUUAUUAUUUGCCAAAUAACACUUAAAGUGAUUUGUGAACAGUGUCACCUACAGGUCGGCAAAAAGAGAAGUACAGGAUGCUUGGAAGGAACCCACGCCACGAGCACUUUUGAAUGGGACCCCGGUGGUGUGGGAGAGCACGCCGUGCUGCCUCCUGCAACCGCGGGCCACUGCUACCGCGGCUCGGCCGCCCUUCUUCCCGCCAUGCCUUUGUCGGCCACUCUCCACCUUUGGCUGCUUCUCUCAAGUUUUCUUUUGCACUCCUGUUCACACACAUGCGAUGAAAAAGGGAAGGGGUAUUUAUUCCCCCAAAUUGUCAGCUUUACAAGGACUAAGAAAUCAUGAAAAAAUAAAUUGGUAAAAUUUA